AUGUCGAGCAGCGCAUUCAAACACGAGUCCAGGAAUGGCAAUCUCACCGCCCCGCGAGACUCGCUAGAGCUCGCAUCGCUUGCCUCCUCGUCGCCGGUCUCGGUCGGUGGCUCCUCGCGCUCGUCAUCCCCCGAUGGCAUCUCCUCCUCACGCAAACUCUCCCUCGAAGAUGAGGACCCCCUCGCCGGCGAAGAGGGAGAUUUCUAUCUUGAAUCGGGCCGUCAGCGCGGUUUACGCUCCUACUCUAUCUCCUCGGCCUUCGAUUUCGGUCGCAAUCUGUUCCCGUUGUCGCAAACACAAGCCGGAUACGCACCACUAGGGACCCCUUCUGCGCUGGACCGACAAGGAGCGGAUGCCUCAUUGGAGCGAAAUAAAACAUUGACAUACCUGAAUGGCCUGUCGCUGAUUGUGGGUCUGAUUAUUGGCUCUGGCAUCUUCUCCUCACCGAGCCAAGUCAACGCAAACGCAGGUUCGCCGGGCGCUGCGCUCAUAGUCUGGGCUGUGGCGGGCUUGCUGGCCUGGACCGGAGCCGCGAGCUACGCGGAACUGGGAGGCGCCAUCCCACUGAAUGGAGGCGCACAGGUCUAUCUCUCUAAGAUCUUCGGAGAGUUGUCCGGGUUCCUCUUCACGUGGUGCGCGGUACUAGUCCUCAAGCCCGGUUCUGCGGCGAUUAUCUCGAUCAUCUUUGGCGAAUAUGUCGUGCGUGCAUUUGUAGGCGCCGACGUCGAACAUAUUAACCCCUGGAUCAACAAGGGAGUCGCGCUGGGAGGUCUGUUUGCAGUCACUCUGUUCAACUGCAUCUCAACCAAAAUCGCGACGCGUAUUGGCGAUCUCUUCCUGGUUUUCAAGUUCGUUGCUCUGCUUGGUGUCACUAUCACAGGCAUUGUGGUUGCGGUGACCGGCCUUUCGUCCAAAGGAACUGCCAGCCAGGAAUGGAAAACGCACGGCUGGUUUGAAGGCACCAAUACCGAGAUUUCCGAUUUCGCAGUUGCGCUGUAUGCAGGACUCUGGGCCUUCGAUGGCUGGGACAAUACGAACUACGUAACUGGCGAGUUUAAGAACCCGAACCGCGACUUGCCGCGAGUGAUUCACACGGCAAUGCCGCUGGUCAUCGUGUGCUACCUGAUGGCCAAUGUCUCUUAUUUCCUAGUCCUGCCUCGCGAAACCAUCGAAGUGAGCAACACUAUUGCCGUCCAAUUUGGCGGGAAAGUGUUUGGCCCCGUUGGCGCUUUGAUCCUCGCGCUGGUAGUGGGAGCCAGCUGCUUUGGCGCUCUGAACGCAACCACCUUCACUAGUGGUCGACUCGUCUAUGCAGCCGCCAAGGAAGGCUAUCUACCAUCGUCUUUCAGCCGCAUCGGUCUCGGCAGCUCUUCCUCGCCAACUCCUCCAGCGACAGACCGUCUUCGCCGCCGCUCAUGGGCCCGUAGGUCCUUCUCACGCGUAUUCGGCGACGAGUCUCGGCUGGGCUACACCCCGAUCAACGCCAUGGCUUUCAACGCCGCGCUGACUAUGGUCUAUAUCGGCGUGGGCGAGUUCGGCACCCUAGUCACCUUCUACGGCGUCGCUGGCUAUACUUUCUACUUCGUCACCGUGCUGGGUCUGAUCGUCCUGCGCAUUCGCGAACCCCAUCUCGAGCGCCCCUACCGCACAUGGAUCACCACCCCAAUUAUCUUCUGCUGCGUCAGCCUGUUCCUCCUCAGCCGCGCGAUCAUCGCAGAGCCCCUCCAGACCUUGAUCGUGGUGGCCUUCAUCAUCACGGGUGUUCCCGUGUACUACUGGCGGAUCUACCAGCGGGACGGCCCAACAAGCAUCUCAGGUUGGAAGUUCUGGAAAUGGCGCUCUCGGUAG